AUGGAUCCAAGGUUCAUCCUCGGUACCUUGUGUUUCUAUCUCCUUGCCUUAUGCUUCACCGCCACUGCCCAAGCGCUCCUCAAGGAGCAGGUCCUAAGCACCUUCAUCUACACCAGAUAUGGCGAUAGGACACCGUCUGUGCUUCCCCUCUCGCCCACUUUGACGCCUCUUGGUGCUCAGCAACUAUUCGAGGCCGGCGACAAAGUUCGCCAGAGAUAUCUGGUUCCGGUCGACGGUGCAGCGAAGUCGACGACAAUCUCUGGAAUCGCAUCUUAUCAGCUUGAAUACGAUCAACUGACCAUUUUGUCGACUGACGAUCAGUAUGUGUCCGCUUCAGCUCAAGCAUUUCUCCAAGGGUUGUAUCCGCCGCUGCAGACGUCGUCCAACUAUACAUACAUUGCUGGUCAGAGCACGAUCCAAAAUGGAUCGAACCUGGUGGCCCCACUGAAUGGUUAUCAGUAUCCGAACAUCAAUACAGUCUCCAGCAACGAUCUCAAUUCGAUCUGGGUUGGUGGGAUGAGUAAUUGCCCCGCCUAUGUGGCGUCAACAAAUGACUACUAUGGCACCGAAGCUUUCGAGAGCAUUGAAAACAGCACCGCACAGUUUUAUGCAAGUCUGCAACCAGAAUUUUUGAAUGGAGUCUUCUCGGACGCAUCUGUGGGCUACUAUGAUGCAUAUUACAUCUAUGAUUACCUCAACUAUGCUUCGAUCCACAAUACUAGCGCAGCACAGCUUCUUUCCGAGGAAGAUCUAACAAGAGCCAAGAUCCUUUCUGAUGACUGGGUCUUUGCCCUGAAUGCCGAUAUUGAGGUUUCGGGAUCUACUCCUGGCGACCACAUACGAGCCAUAGCCGGCCGCGCACUGGCUACACGGAUCCUUCAAGCCUUCUAUACGACCAUCAACACCCAAGGGACUUCGGACAAGAUGACUCUGCUCUUUGGGAGCUUCGAGCCCAUGGUCGCAUUCGCCGCUCUUGCUCGUUUAGUCUCAAUCCAGAAUGCUGCGUUUUACAACGUCCCGGAGCCGGGUGCAAGCUUUAUUUUCGAGCUCUACGGCCUGCAGGCUGAAGGCGUCGACACCUAUCCAGACACGUCGAAUAUCUUUGUUAGAUUCCUCUAUCAAAACGGAACCGGGCCCUAUGCUUCGCUCGUGGAGUAUCCUCUCUUCGGACUGAGCCCGAGUCAGACGAGCAUCACACUAGCAGAUUUCAUUUCGGGUCUGGAGAACUUCAUGAUAUUCAAUGUGGAGGAUUGGUGCACAACUUGCAAUAGUUUUAGUGUAUUCUGCCCGGCAUUCACUGGGACCGACGGGAACCUCAACCCGACCACUGGAUUCUCUCCCAGCCACCAUGGCUUGUCCCCAGCGGUGGCUGGUGUCAUUGGGGCUGUUGUCACUCUCGCGGUGGCUGCUCUCUUGUUUGGUAUGGCGAUGUUGCUUGGAGGGGUGAGAUUGCAUCGGGUCCACACCAAACGCAGGUCCGAGUUGGGAGGAUUCAAAGGUGGGAAGAAACUUGCCAGCGAUCAAGAUCUCACAAUCUCCAAGGGUGGUGCAGGUGCUGUUGUUGUGGCUAGCGAAGACCCAGCCUAUCCAGCUCCUGCUAGAGGCCAUGAACGUGUUGGAAGCUGGGAACUCAGGGACCAAGCCAAGGCAGAAGAGGCGCAGGGGCGAGUCCUCAAUCCAGCUGAUAUGCGGCCGCGACGACCAAGUUACGAAGAAGACGACAUGCCUAUCAACCCUUUCACGCCUCCAGUGGCACCGCACAACCAUGUAUGA